AUUUUCUUGUUUUGGAGUUUUGCAGAAAACACCUUAGUUUUUCCGCUAGUUUUCUUGUAACUCGGCUUAAAUACAGGUGAAAUUCAUCAACAUUACAUUGUAUUUGCCUUAUUAGUAGCAUCUUCUUUCACGACCAUGACGAGACCAGGCGAAAAUGGCAAGGAUCGCCGGCGCUCUCGUAGCAGAUCGCAUUCCCCACCGGAUCGGAAGAAAAGGCGCUCCCGGAGUCGUGAUCGCGAUCGGGAGCGUGCGAAAACUUCUUUCCGGUUCAAGGAUUUCAGCAGACGUGACCGUGAGAGAGAUCGCGAGAGGGAACAACGAGAUCGAGAAAGGGACAAGGAACUGGAAAAGGAGCGGUUUAAGGAAGCGGAACGGAAGAGAGAACGCGAGAAGGAACGGGAAAAACUUAGGGAGCAGGCUACUAAAUAUGCUCAGAGUGUGAGUAGCAGCGGUGGAAAUAGUGGUGGAUUUCGUCAAUCGAAGUUUGACCAAAAGCCGCCUGGGUUUGUUGAGAAAGAAGUCAAGAAACCCGUGAAGGAGGAGCCCAAAGAAAAAGAGGAGACUUUCGAUCUUUCCGUGCCCAUGGAUAAGGAAGAAGAACAGCGAAGGUUAGAACAGGAAAUGGUUAAAAGAAGAGAGCGGAUAGAGCGCUGGAGAGCUGAAAGAAAACGAAAAGAAAUCGAAAUCAAGAAACCAUCUGUUUUGACCGGAGUUCAUAUUCCGAAGAAAUGGAGCUUGGAGGAUGACGAAGAAGAUGACGAUGACGAUGUGAAAGAUAAAGCCAACAAAGGCAUUGACGAAGAGGAUGAUAUUGAUCCUUUGGAUGCGUUCAUGAAGGAAGUCAAUGAUGAGGUGAGGAAAGUAAAUAAGUUGGUUAACCCCACAACAAAAGCGGACGGACAGGCUGCUUCUAGCUCUGGUGUUACUAUUAUCACAGGUGUCGUGAAAAAGAGUACGGAAACGACCAACAAGGGUGAACUGAUUGAGCAAAAUCAGGAUGGUUUAGAGUAUUCCUCAGAAGAGGAACAGGAAGACAUUAAAGAUACUGCUGCAAAUUUAGCAAACAAGCAGAAAAAAGAACUAGCUAAAAUUGACCAUUCUGGAAUUAACUACAUGCCCUUCAGGAAAGCGUUCUAUGUCGAGGUGCCUGAAAUUGCCAAAAUGACCCACGCGGAAGUUGGCGUUUAUAAAACUGAACUCGAAGGAAUAACUGUGAAGGGUAAGGGAUGCCCAAAACCUAUCAAAACCUGGGCCCAUUGUGGUGUUUCGAAAAAAGAGUUUGAUGUUCUUAGGAAACUCGGAUUCGCAAAACCAACACCAAUUCAAUGCCAGGCCAUUCCUGCGAUUAUGUCAGGCCGCGAUUUAAUUGGUAUUGCCAAAACUGGUAGUGGGAAAACAUUGGCAUUCAUUCUUCCUAUGUUCCGACAUAUUUUGGAUCAACCACCGCUUGAGGAUGGAGAAGGUCCAAUAUCCAUUAUUAUGACACCAACUCGCGAACUUUGCAUGCAAAUAGGAAAAGAUAUAAGAAAAUUUGCAAAGUCGUUGAAUUUGAGAGCAGUAUGCGUGUACGGCGGAACCGGAAUUUCGGAACAGAUUGCUGAGCUCAAACGCGGAGCGGAAAUUAUCGUAUGUACUCCGGGACGGAUGAUCGACAUGUUAGCAGCGAAUUCUGGUCGCGUUACGAAUCUUCGUCGUGUAACGUAUGUCGUUUUAGACGAGGCAGAUCGUAUGUUUGAUUUGGGUUUUGAACCACAGGUUAUGAGAAUCAUAGAUAAUAUUCGACCGGACCGUCAGACGGUCAUGUUCAGUGCCACUUUUCCGCGGCAAAUGGAAGCUCUCGCUCGACGGAUAUUGAAAAAACCGAUUGAAAUUCAAAUUGGUGGUCGCUCGGUGGUUUGCAAAGAUGUAGAGCAACAUGUUGUUGUUCUGGAGGAAGAUGCCAAGUUUUUCAAGCUAUUGGAAUUACUUGGUCUUUAUCAAGAGCUGGGCAGCAUUAUCGUCUUUGUGGAUAAGCAGGAGAAUGCUGAUAUUCUGCUGAAGGAUUUAAUGAAGGCUUCAUAUCCUUGUCUGAGUUUACACGGUGGUAUCGAUCAAUUCGAUAGAGAUUCGACGAUUGUCGACUUCAAACAGGGUCGUGUAAAGCUGCUUAUUGCUACCUCGGUCGCUGCGCGUGGACUGGAUGUUAAACAACUGAUUUUAGUUGUGAAUUAUGACUGUCCUAACCACUAUGAAGACUAUGUGCACAGAUGUGGCCGAACAGGACGAGCUGGAAACAAAGGUUUCGCUUGGACAUUCUUGACCCAUGAACAGGGACGCUAUUCUGGUGAUACUAUUCGUGCACUUGAACUGUCCGGUGGUACCGUUCCGGAUGAUCUCCGAAGCCUGUGGGAAACAUAUAAAGCGGCUCAAGAAGCCGAAGGUAAAAAAGUCCACACCGGUGGUGGCUUUAGUGGAAAAGGCUUCAAAUUUGACGAACAAGAAGCAGCCGCUGUCAACGAGCGCAAAAAACUUCAAAAGGCAGCUCUUGGGCUACAGGAUUCAGAUGACGAUGAUGACUUGGAACAAGAUAUUGACCAGCACAUUGAAAGCAUGUUUGCCACGAAGCGCAUUGUGAAGGAAGUCGAAGCUCCAGUCAUAACUCAAUCGGUACCCACGCCGGUUCCUACGACCACGAAUUCAGACAAAUUGGAACUUGCCAAACGAUUGGCUUCACGUAUCAAUCUACAGAAAAAUCUCGGAUUUGAAGCUAAAGGUGCUACGCAGCAGGCAGCUGAGGCUAUUCUCAAGGGUGGAACAACCCAACAACUUAUCACUGCCAAAACGGUUGCCGAGCAGCUGGCAGCCAAACUUAACACCAAACUCAACUACCAACCCAAGGAUGAAGACGAAUCGCCUGUGGAAACUAAUGAAACGGUCUUCCGCAAGUACGAGGAAGAGCUGGAAAUCAACGACUUCCCACAACAAGCAAGAUGGAAAGUUACUUCAAAAGAAGCACUUGCACAAAUCUCCGAAUAUUCCGAGGCUGGUCUUACAGUACGCGGUACGUACGUUCCACCGGGUAAAACUCCUCCAGAAGGUGAACGUAAGUUGUACCUGGCUAUUGAGAGCUGCUCCGAGUUGGCUGUAACGAAGGCAAAGCGCGAGAUAACACGACUCAUCAAGGAAGAAUUGCUGAAGUUGCAGGCUUCGUCGCAUCAUAUAAUUAACAAAUCCAGAUACAAGGUUUUGUAAGAUAGAAG